AUCAACAAUAAAUUUUAAUCCUUUCCCAAACAGGUCCUUGAAUUGAUACGCUGGCGAUAAGAUACCAUUCCAAUGGCUGCUUCGCUUUCUGCUGCUACCGCAAUUCCACGCCCAAGCAUUAGCAUCAUCAAUUCAAUCUCUUCAUUCAACUUCUCCAACUGCUUAAGCACCGGUAUUCAACCGCGAAGCUUCGUCAUCAAGUGUGAAUCAAGUGCAUCGGCAGCGGACGAGACGCCGCCGGCAAAGAGCCGGAAACUCGAGAUCGGCUCCCCCGUAAUCGUAGUCGAGGCUCCCAAAAUGAUAAAGACCGCAGCCUCAGUUCCAUGCCUGCGGGUCAAUUCCGGCAUAAUCAACCCCGGCGACGUUGGCAGAAUCGUGUCGAGAAAACCUAAAGACGUGUGGGCCGUGCGGCUUAAAGUGGGGACUUACCUCAUCGAUGGAAGACCACUGUCCAUAUCUAUGCCAUGGAAUCCUAACUCGAUUUCUUGAUGCAGCAGAAAUGCGACUUAACCAUACAUUUAGGAGUCUCCGUCCGGAAUAAUUCGUAGGUUUUCCCCCUUUUUAAUAAUUCGUAGUUCUACGAUAGUAUAUUGACUUCGUGGAAUUCACGAUAAAAUUCAAACUAUUAAGUAUACAUAUUAAUUUAUCAACGGAAAGCUUACUUGAGCAUCCUCAUUUAUUUAUUAGUAAAAGUUGUAAUGCACGGAAGAAAAAUUCAACUUCGGGGUAGAGAUUUCAAACAUUGAUGUUAUAAUUACUUAACUAGUCAAGUGAUGCAAGACAACUUUUAUUUAUUUUAAA